CCCGGGCAGGCGCUUUCCGGCGUUUUGCACUUGAGCCUCAUGGAUGCGAACUUGCAGUUCUGGAAAAGCGAGGGCAAGACUUUCCCCCAAAGAUUUUAUCACUGGGUUGAAAUUUUGGACCCUUUGCUCUUACUUAAAUCCAGGAAGGAAAUUGAAAGUUCCCGGGCACUUUUACCAACGAAUGAGCCAGAUAUCACAGAGUCUUUACAGAACAAAAAGAUAAAAGCAGCUUGGAAACUAAGUUUGGCCUCUGUGAAUCCUGCCACCGGUGAUACAAUUCUUGCGGCAUUUCGGCCACCAGCUUUCCUGCCACUUACUGCUCCACUGGCCUUUGGCGUUUUAUUACCACACAAAGGAGGGAAGCAAGCAUUUUUUUGGCAGUGCCUUUUCCACACGUAUACAGGUGCAUUCAGCCUGGCACAUGGGAAUCAUACACAGAACACAAAAGAGUUUCUACCCAAGGAGAUGCUUCUCAGCAUGGGGGCAAUUCUGUAUUGUGCAAGCAUGGGAGCUUUUCCUCAUUUCAUCAUGACUCGCUAUCAAGUGCAGAGUCCUUCUAUGCAAGUGUUACUCAAGAAAAUCAUACCAGGUCCACUUUUGGCCAUUAUGUGUGCAUUUAAUGUGCUGGUAAUCCGAGGAACUGAGUUGGAGAGUGGGAUCGAAAUUAUGGAUAGCAAGGGCUGCGUCGUUGGAGUGUCACAGAAUGCAGGAGAAAAGGCAGUAAAAGAAACAGCAUUAUCCAGAGCAGUAAUGGUUGGGGCAACAGCAUGUAUUCCAGAUAUUGUUCUGCACUGUUUAAAACGGACAAAAUUUUUAGUCCGAAAUCCAUUUGUUUGGGGUCCAUUGAGAUCUAUUAUGAUGGUUUCAAUCCUUGGACUGAUGAUACCUGUUUCAUUUAGUUGGAUCCCACCAUUAGGAACGAUACAACGAAGUUUAAUUGAGCCAGAAAUAAUCUCAUCCACUGAAGAAACAGAGUUCUUUUACAACAGGGGUCUCUAAUAACUUGUAGGAUGAUUCAUGAUACAUUCAUUUGAAGGUUUUGUAUCUAAGCUUAAAGAAGU